CCCCAGCAUUUGCCAGUUGCAGCGUGAGAUAAGUGACACACUGGCAACACCCUACCUCAUCAGGCCUGUGCAUAAACAGAUGCUGCUUGGGAGCCAGGAACUACCCGAAGACAAGCUGCUAGACUUCUUCUCGUUUGUCUCUUUUCCUACCCUGAUCAGCAUUUUUAUUCUUGUAACUUCUUAUUUAUCCACACCGAGGGGACAUGAUCAACUUGGGCUGUCCUAGGAAUGGAUUUGGACAAAAUUGUUAGCCUGUUAUUUGGGAUUCUGAAAGAUGCUACUGAUCUGUCAGAAGACUGUCAUGUCAUCAUGGGAGGCAAAAAGUACUCGGCAAUUCAGGAGUUUUCUGCUGCAAUUCCUAACCAGCUGCUUCUCGGCUCUCUGCUCGAGCACUUGUGCUAUGUUUAUGAAAAGGACCCCCAGCGCUCCCGUGCUUUAUUCAAAGUGAUUUGCCAGAAGCUGGCUUCAAUGAACCUCAUUUCCUCAUUUGUGUACAGUGACGAGUUCAGCACUGUGAGACUCCAGCAUAACAGGGCAUUUGCUGAGUUGCUACAGGCUGCCAGCAGCACACUGUCGCCACAGGAGCGUGGAACUGGUGCUGACGCUCAAAGCCAUAUGUCAAGGACAGUAGAAGGAUUUUUUAGAGCUCAAACCUCUCGAUAUCUCACUGAGUUUGAAGAGCUGGCCGGGCUUGGUAAAGGAAGCUAUGGGAAAGUUUUCAAGGUGAGAAACAAGCUGGAUGGCCAGUUUUAUGCUGUGAAAAAAAUUCCUUUCAGGAAAGCAACCCGAAAAGACUGUAUGAAGGUUCUCAGAGAAGUCAAGGUGCUAGCAAGUCUCCUAAAUGCCAAUAUUGUUGGCUAUCAUACUGCAUGGAUGGAACAUGUUCAACCAUCAACAGUUAACGGUGCUGCUCCAGUUAAUCCCAACUUGCCUGCUUUAGAGAAGCCAUUGGACCACAAUGUGGACUCCAGCUAUAGUGGCUCCUCGGUUGUUUUUGCUGACACCAGCAGUCCUUCAGGUAAUAAAGAAGCCUCACCCAGUUCUGAAAGGCAGCAGAACAGCCUGGUAGACUUCAUAGAAUCCCAGCAGUUGAAGAUUAAGCAGCUGUCUUUGUCGGGACGCUGCCCAAACCUCGCUUUGAACACCGAAGACUUCAUUCCAUGCACCUACAUUGGAUCUUGCAAGGCAGAGAGUAGUGCCAUCCAGAAUGCAAGUGAGAUGCCACAUUUGGAGGAAGGGGUUUGGGAAAGGUUUUCUGAAGAUAACAGCACACUAUGGACAGAGAGAUGCCCUCAGAAGGAGAUGUGCCUACACAGAAAUUCGGAGGUGCAAAUUCCUCUCAUGCUUUACAUUCAAAUGCAGCUUUGUGAGACUUCUUUACAGGAAUGGAUUUUGAAGAGGAAUUUAAGACAAGAUGGAGAGGUUUCACAGUUAAACCAGUACUGCCGGGUUGACACUGAACAGACAAUGAGCAUCUUCCAUCAGAUUCUCUGUGGGGUGCAUUACAUUCACUCCAGGGGAGUCAUGCACAGAGACUUGAAGCCCAGAAACAUUUUCCUUCACAGUCCCGACUGUCAUGUCAGAAUUGGAGAUUUUGGACUUGCCUGCAAAGAUCUCAUACUUGAAUCUGAAGAACCCUCUCCCACGGAAGCAUCUAGCGAAUUUUCACAUACAUCAGGAGUUGGGACGUACAUUUAUGCUGCACCUGAGCAGCUGAGAGGAUCUCACUAUGAUUCACAGUCUGAUAUGUACAGCGUGGGUAUCAUGGCGCUGGAACUCUUCCAGCCAUUCCGGACUGAGAUGGAGAGAAUCAAGACUCUGACAGAACUGCGUGAAGGCAACAUUCAGGAUUCAUUUACCCAGCAGUGGCCCAGCCUAGCUAAGUUUAUAAAGCUGCUAACAAACCCGGACCCCCUGCAGAGGCCUAGUGCUGCCCAGCUGCUUCAGAGUGAACUCUUCCACAGUGCCAAAGAGGUUAUUCAGACCUUACAAAAGAAGGUGGAAGACCAAGAAGAAGAAAUUGUGAAACUCCGGCAACAGAUCAGCUUUCUUAUGAGAAGCCAGUAUAAUGCAGAGGAGGAAACUACACCUUCAAAGAUGGUCUCAUCUUAAAUCAAGUCGUACAUGCAGCACAUGUGUAAAAGGCCAGUGGGAAGAAUUGUAAAAUUUGUAGUUGUAAUUAAAGAAAUGUACAGAUUUUUUUUU